AGGCACCACACCACACAACAUUGUUUACAUAACUUCACUUUCAAGGCCAAUCCUCUCUAACUUUCGUUUUUCUUCCUAAGCCAACGCAUAACAAACACACAUUCGCACACACCCUUUCUUCAUUCUUCAUCUUUCUCUCUCUCUCUCUCUCUCACACACACACACACAAGUUAGUGCAAGCAAUCAGUGAUGAUCUUAAAGUUGUUGUCUUUUAAGUGAUGGGUUCUUGUUCUUCACUCCCCAGAAACGCUAAGAAAGACAUGAAGCUCAAACUUUCUUUUGGUUCCAAAUCUGAGAAGCUUGUGAUCCCUCCUUCACCCAUCAAGGAACAACCCAAAAAUGGCAACUUUAAGUGGUCAACGUCUCGGUCAACGACCACCUUCACGGACCACGGUAGCAAAGAGGAAGCAUUUUUUGAUUCCAAGCCCUGGCUAGACUCAGAUUGUGAAGACGAUUUCUUUAGUGUCAAUGGUGACUUCACACCAUCUCGAGGUACCACUCCAGUUCACACUUUUGGGACCCCUUCUCAGAAUAGAACUUCGAGUUCUACGCCUGAACCGUCUCCAGAAAAGAAAAAGAAAUUAUUAGAACUUUUUAGAGAAAGUGUCAAAGAUGACAAAGAUGAUGGCAAUGGACACAAAGAAGUUAAACGAACUAUACAAGAUGUUCUGCCUAAAUCUGCACAUUGUACUCCUUAUCUCUCAGGUGCUGACUCUGCUUGUUGUAGUGAAAGAAUCUCUACUGAGGAACGUGUCUCCAUUAGAGAGAAAUCAGUUAAAUCUUUGCAGUGGUGCAUUCCAAGCUUGUCUUCUUGCCGAAGCUUUAGUGAGAGAAGGAGGAAGACAAGUCCUGCAAUAGCAGUAAAUGGGAAACAUUGACUUAUAUUGCAAUCUGAUGAACCAAGUUUCUUUGAUAUCCUGAAAGGUAAAGUGGUUGAAUUGAAUUUUGAUAAUGUACAUCAGUGUAUCUAUGUAAAGAACAAUGAAGCAAUGUGAAUUUGCAAGCAUGUAAACAUAAACAGAAGAGAUGCUGUAAAUCAAUUUGUAAUGAGUUUUUUUUCUGCCAGUAAUCCAACAUCAAGGUUAACUGCCUCAUCAUGAUUAGUUUAUUUAGUUAGGUAGUAUUUUGAUGUUUAGAUGAUGAUAGUUUUUCUAUCUUUUUUUUUUUAUAAUUUUUGAGUAAUUAAAUAAAUAGGUAGCAUAGGUGUUGUAU